AUGGCGCAGGGUGAAGCUACACCAGAAACAGCGGAUCAGUUCGCCUUGAGGAUGAUAACCACCGUGUCGUCCGGGUUCGUAUCCCUGGGGAUCGCCGUGGGAGCCCGUACGGGACUGAUCGCACAGCUCGCCGAAGCGGACGGUCCCGAGACAGCCGUGCAAAUAGCAGAGAAGGCAAACAUGAAGGAACGGUAUGUCCGAGAGUGGUUGGCCGUCAUGGCGACCGCUCGGAUUGUUGACUACGACAAGGAGACGGGGACCUACUACUUACCCAAGCACAGAGUCGGCGUGCCGUAUUCAGCCUACCCCGACUUUCACGGGUGGAUGGCAAGCGUCAGGAUACACCAACACAAGAACCUCGUGAGCAAAGUUGUACCUACGGUCCCUGGACUUGGAGAAGCACUCGAGGCUGGCAUCAGAGUCCUUGAUGCUGGAUGCGGCAGAGGCAUCGCGAUUACAAGCCUGGCCCAGCACUUCCCAAAAAGCACCUUCAACGGUACCGACCUCAGCGAGGAGGUCAUCCAAUGGGCGAGCGAGGAAGGCAAGCAGCGCGGAUUGGCCCACGUCACGUUCCAGGCAGACCCAGAUAUGGCCUUGCGGGAAAUUUUCCGCAUGGUCAAGCCAGGGGGGCAGUUCUCCAUGGUUGACAUCAAGGGGCAUUCUGAACUAGAGGACAACAUGGGUAACCCCGUUGCUUCUCUCCUGUACGGGGCCAGCCUGUUCCACUGUAUGCCGGUGUCACUGUACUUCGGUGGGAAGGGCCUGGGUACCGUGUGGGGACAGGAGUUAGCGGGGCAGAUGUUACUGGAGGCGGGGUUCACUAACGUACGGGCGCUAGAUGUUCCGCAGAGUCCGGUCGAGAUUCACUUCUUGUGCAACAAGCCCUAAAAGUUCGGAGCUAACGUGCUAACUUAAGGUGGGCGUUUUACUAUACUACUUGGUGGCGAAAACCGGCUCCAACCGCCGCCAUUUUUUUGCCUGAAUUGGAAAUGUUUAAAGAAAAUUGUGAAAAUUUA